AUGGACGCGGGUGAAGAGGACUGCUUGCGCGACCUACGCGAGGGGUGCGAGUGGGUCGCGUCGCAGUCGACACACUGCACCAUCGACGACCAAGCGAUUGAGGCGCUAGCAGAUGAGCUGUGCGCGUCGAAUCGCUCUCAACCCACCGCCGGUACGGCAGCCGAAGCUGCAUCCAAUCCUGAAACAGCUGCUGCUACAACCGACGCUACAGCCGCCGUUGCUGGAAGCGGCACCUCUGGAGCUCACGGCUUGAUGCUACCGCCAUGGAAUUUUGACGGAGUUCAUUUCACGGAUGGGGGCCCUCUCACCGUGCAGUACCUGCUGCUGCUCGACGCCCUCAACUUCUGCUUCUGGCCGGACCCCUCACUGCACUACGAGCACCUGGCGUCCGGCCUGAGAGCAGCGGUGCAGCACGAUCCCUCCAGCAUUGAUGCUGCCCGCCUCGCAGUGCUUGAUGUCACAGGCCUGCGUACUCUGCUCGGCCCGAAGCCCUUUCCUCUGGAGCAGCAGCGGGUGCUGGCAGCGCGGCAGGUGGGGCAAGAGCUGCUGCGGCGCUUCAGUGGCAGUGCUGCGAGUAUGGUGGAGGAGGCAGGGGGGAGCGCGGAGAGACUGGUUCACCUGGUUACCACACACUUCACCUAUUUUCAGGAUCACGCAAUCUACCGUGGCCGCCAGGUGUCACUCUUCAAGAGGGCGCAGAUCUUCGUAGCAGACUUGUGGGGCGCGUUCCAAGGGCGCGGCCUGGGUCACUUCUCAGACAUCCACCGUCUAACCAUGUUUGCCGACUAUCUGGUCCCUGCUGUGCUGAGAAACCGAGGCGUGCUCAGAUAUGCUGUGGAUCUUGCUGCUGCUGUGGACAGCAAGCAGGAGAUUUUACCAGGUUCGGAAGAAGAGGUGGAGAUCAGGGCGUGCUGCAUCGUUGCCACUGAGAGGCUUCGAGAGCGACUGGAGCACACAGUGGGGAAGCAGGUUUUAAGCAUCAAGCUAGAUUGGCUGCUUUGGUCGCAGGGGAUUGAAGCUGCUCUCCUUUCGCACACGGCCUCCGUGCCGGUAACCGUCGCAUGCGCGAAAUCGACCGCGACUCCUCGCCAACGCCUGCAAUCGCACUUCGCGGGGUCCAGCCUCCGCCUCCCCGCGCGCCUCCCCCAACUCCGCGCGCGGAAGCCCGCGGGGAUCUCCGCCGUGAUCGAGAUCGAACAAGAGGACAUCCUCACCACACCGCGCGAGCCGCCCAAGACGAUCCUGGAGAAACUCGAGGAGAUGGAUGACGUGGGCGUGCCGCACAAAGUCUGGCUGUCAGACGUGGUGACCGUUAAGAAGCGCCCGUAUUUCUUCAACCGCGAGUGGCUGCCCAAGGACAUCGGAUACGCCGUGUUUCUCGGCGCCAUCCACCUGCUCGCCUGCGCCGCGCCCUUCACCUUCUCGUGGGAGGCGUUCGAGUGCUUCGUCGCCAUGUACGUCAUCACAGGCAUGUUCGGCAUCACGCUGUCGUUCCAUCGCCAUCUGACUCACCACAGCUUCAUUCUUCCCAAGUGGCUUGAGUACACCUUCGCCUACUGCGGCGUUCUCGCCUGCCAGGGCCCUCCGUUUGAGUGGGUGAGCGCGCACCGCGUGCACCACCGCUGGUGCGACAAACCCGAGGACGUGCAUACGCCUUAUGAGGGGUUCUGGUACAGCCACGCCGGCUGGCUGCUCGAUAACGAGGCACUCGAGGCCCGGCUGGAGGGCAAGAACAACAUCUACGAUCUGACCAAGGACCCCUUCUACCAGUUCAUCGACAAGACCUACGUUUGGCACAUCGUCGCGUCCGUCGCCGCGCUCUACGCGCUCGGCGGCUUCCCGUUCGUCGUCUGGGGCUGGGCUCUGCGUCUAGUGUGGGUGUAUCACAUCACGUGGUUCGUGAACUCCGCAUCGCACGUGUGGGGCGACCAGCCGUGGAACACGGGCGACCUCUCCCGCAACAACUGGUGGGUGGGCAUUCUGGCAUUCGGCGAGGGCUGGCACAACAACCACCACGCAUUCGAGUACUCGGCGCGCCACGGUCUGGAGUGGUGGCAGAUCGAUAUGACGUGGUACACCCUCAAGCUGCUGGAAGCCGUCGGAUUGGCUACCAAUCUACGGUAUCCGCGCGAGAAGCACAUGAAGAAGCUCGCGUACCCGGAUUCGCCCCUCGCCAAGUCCUAA